UCCCAGAAGCGUGCUGUUGUCACUUCAGAGAUGUGCAUUGGACACGCACAACGCUAUUGGUCGCUGGCCCUUCUCUUUUUGUCUGGUGUUGUGUGUACCUUGCCUGGGUGGAAUGUGCAGUAUCAGCCUGAACCAAUUUAUGCCGUUAAAGGUUGUUCCGUUGUCAUCCCUUGUUUAUUUUCCUAUCCUGUGACACAAAGAGUGAAAAGGGUGAAGUGGGGUCACAACGUUUCACACAAAAAGAGUGUAUAUGAUAGUAGUUUUAGGAAACGCUCCACCAAAUUUGUUUACCUUGGCAAUAGAGUUAACAAUUGUUCAUUUCAAAUAACCCAACUAGAACAUAGAGAUUCUGGGAUAUAUAAAUUCAGAUUUGAGACUGACAACAACAAAUGGACUGGUGUAGUUGGCUCAAUACUGAAAGUGGUUGAUUUAAUUUCUGUCACAACACCCAGAAAUGGGACAAUAAUAGAAGGAGAUUUUGUAAACAUGACCUGUAAGAACGUCUAUGAUGGUCCGCACAGAUCAUCUAUUGAGUGGUUUAAGAAUGGAGUACCCAUCUACAAAAGAUCAACACUGUACAUUAAUAAUAUAUCCCUUCAAGACUCUGGAAGCUAUGCUUGUAUGCUGAACUAUAAUAGCAGUCGAACACUUUCCGAAGUCUUCCGUGUCAGUGUUAAAUAUGGGCCAAAAAACACGUCCGUGUCAAUCAGUCCGUGUUCAGAGGUAGAGAAGGGUAGUAAUGUUACCCUGACCUGCAGCAGUGAAGCAAAUCCACCAGUCCAGAGAUAUGCUUGGUUUCUAAUAAACGGCAGCGUUCACCACAAACUCACAUCUCACUUUGAGCUUUAUUUUGGGGAUGUUCAGUCUUAUUCUAGUGGACAAUACUACUGUGUAGUUGACAACAAACAUGGGAGUCAGAAUUCAUCAAUAGUAACUCUGGAAGUAAAAGACAUUCACGAGGACCCCAAACUCGUAUGGAUUAUUAUUACGUACAUGCUACUGACUGUCACACUGCUUAUUAUCAUUCUUUAUAUGAAAAGAAGGAAGAUAAUGUCAACUCCUGACACAGAAGAGACUACUGAGAUCAGACAUAUGCAUGCUGAGAGCCCUGUUGAGGAGAGCGAGGAGGACCCAAACCAAACCAUCUACACAACAGUGUACAUGACCACAAAACCAGAAAAUCUGCUGCACAGUGAGGAACACCCUACGAUAUACAGCUCUGUGGAACAACUCAACUUCAGUUCAAGCCCUGCUGAGGAUCACUCUAAGAAGCAGCAGACCUAUGAAAGUGCAUCCAUCUACAGUACUGUGUUCAGUAGUGGUCAGUGAUGAGCCAUUGACAAACACCUGGAGCUGAACAACAAGCGUGGAUGUGUUCAGAGAAAGUACAAAUUGACAAACAACAGUGCUACCAUGUGUUGCUUUUUUCAAUAUUAUUUGCAUUAUGUAUUAUACCGAACGUUCUAAAGCUGGCUUGAGAUGGUUUAAUAUUGAACUGGAAAUAAACACAUUUGAUUGUC